UUUAUACCGUGUGUGUGUGUAGGCUACAACUCCAUGGGCUAUGAGAUGUCCAAACCGAACCUGCGAGCUGAGCUGGAGUCCGAUCUGAAGCUGGUGUCGGAGGGCAGGAAAGAGAAGCGCAUCGUGCUGCAGCAUCACGUCCAGAAAUAUAAGAAGGUGUUCAUCGAGUCGGCAAAGAAAGCUAAGAAGCUGGACGAGGCUCUGGUGCCGUACCUGGGAGCAGCUCAGGAGCUCCCUGAGGCGGAGCAGCAGGACAUGGAGUUCCCUCUGCCGGUCAGGAAGUGUCCUCACUGCGGGCGGGACAUGGUGCUGAAGAAGAAGAAGGAGGGGAACAGCAAGUUCCUGACCUGUGUGGGCUUCCCCGCCUGUAAGACCGCCGUGUGGUUCCCGGACACGGUGCUGGAGGUCAGCAGAGAUGACAGCGUGUGUCCGACCUGUCAGCCGCGUCCAGUCCACAUGAUGAAGUUUAAGUUUCGGCGGGGCAGCCUCCCUCCCAUGAUGCCUCUGGAGUUCGUCGGCUGUAUCGGGGGAUGUGACGAGACGCUCCGAGAGGUCCUGGACUUGAAAUACCUCAGAGCAGGUGGAGCAGGAGUGGGAGCAGGUGGAGGAGGUGGAGGUGGAGGAGGAAGAGGAGGAGGUGGAGGUGGUUAUGGAGGAGGGGGGGCAGGUGAAGGAGGAAGAGGAGGAGGUGGAGGUGGAGGAAGAGGAGACGACCCCUUUCCCCCCGCUCCAUGGCCCCCCAGACCAAAACCUCCCAGACCCUCAAAUUCAAACCCUCGGACUUCCUUUCCCCCCGUCCCCUCCUGGACCCCACAGCCAAGACCUCCACCCGGGGGCGGAGCUGUCAACGGUGACGUCAUCGUGUGUAACUGUGGGCAGGAAGCCGUCCUCCUGACCGUACGCAAAGACGGACCCAACCAAGGCCGCCAGUUCUACAAGUGCAACGCCGGCAGCUGCAACUUCUUCCUGUGGGAGGAUCAGCCGAGCCAGCAGGGGGCGCCACAGAGUCGAGGGCCUCCGCUGCAGACGCCACCGCCUCCAAGGACCUCUAUGGGGUUCAGUAACAACCACGGAGGAGGAGGAGGAGGAAGAGGAGGAGUGCCUGACGGGGGCGACGGAGGACAGACCAUGUGUAACUGUAACGAGGCGGCGGUGACGCGCACGGUGCAGAAAGACGGACCCAACAAAGGACGCGUGUUCCACACCUGCGGGAAACCCAGAGAGCAGCAGUGUGGGUUCUUCCUGUGGGCCGACGAGAACGUGCCUCCACAAGGUGUUUCAGGCGGGUCCGGUGGCUUUAAUGGAGCUGGGGACAGAGCCAAGAAAGGCCGGAGGACCCCGGCAGACUCCAGCAAACCUCCAGCUGCUAAGAAGGCUCGGACCUGUGGGAUCUGCAGCAUGCCGGGACACACGCGGGUCACCUGCCCUCAGCGGUGACGGCUGAAAAUGAAGCUCGGACUUUAAAGUGGACUUAACUUCAGUGCCUCCUCACAGGACCUGAUCCUGACGACACACCAGACCCAGAAACCCUGAAACUGUGAAGAUCCUUUACUCCAGUCCUCACUGAGGCAGAUCAAGUCUUUACACCAAGAAGAAGAAGAAGAAGAAGAACACCUUCACUCUCUGUCACCAUCAGAUCUGAUACCUCUGGUCUCCUCUGGUCUCCUCAUGUCUCCUCUAGUGUCCUCUAGUGUCCUCUAGUGUCCUCUAGUGUCCUCUGGUCUCCACAGGUCUCCUCAGGACUCCUCUAGUUUCCUCAGGUCUCCUCUGGUCUCCACAGGUCUCCGGAUCAGAUGUGACCUGGAUCAGAUGAGUCCUGGAUCAGAUGAUUCCUUUAUCAGAUGAGUCCUGGAUCAGAUGAGUCCUGGAUUAGAUGUGACCUGGAUCGGAUGAGUCAUGGAUCAGAUGAGACCUGGAUCAGAUGAGACCUGCAUCAGAUUAGUCCUGGAUCAGAUGAGACCUGGAUCAGAUUAGUCCUGGAUCAGAUGAGUCCUGGAUCAGAUGAUUCCUUGAUCCGAUGAGACCUGGCUCAGAUGAGACCUGGCUUAGAUGAGUCCUGGAUCAGAUGAGACCUGGAUCAGAUGAGACCUGGCUUAGAUGAGACCUGGCUUAGAUGAGUCCUGGAUCAGAUGAGACCUGGAUCAGAUUAGUCCUGGAUCAGAUGAGUCCUGGAUCAGAUGAUUCCUUGAUCCGAUGAGACCUGGCUCAGAUGAGACCUGGCUCAGAUGAGACCUGGCUUAGAUGAGUCCUGGAUCAAAUGAGACCUGGAUCAGAUGAGACCUGGCUUAGAUGAGACCUGGCUUAGAUGAGACCUGGAUCAGAUAGUCCUGGAUCAGAUGAGUCCUGGAUCAGAUGAGUGUGUGGCUCUCUGCGCUUCACAGAGAUCAGCUGCAGAGACUUUGUUGACGUUGUUUGUUGUUGUUGUUUGUUAAAGCAUGAUGUUGUGAUGAAUGAUGAAAGUGAAGCUCCGCCUCUAAGUGUCUUUAGCGUGCCCAGGUGUGUUACCUGUCUGAUCGUCAUGGAGACGAUCUGAUCGUCAUGGAGACGAUCUGAUCGUCAGCUGAAGGUUUUUAAGUGUGAAUAUGAUAAAAGUGUGUGUUAGCUUCUGUGCUAACCGCUAACUCUAUUUUAUUAUUGCUAAUAAAACAUGUUGACUGUGA